CUGCUACGACUUUCCGAGUGGUCGAGCAUAAAGCAAGCAUAGUCAAUUCAGUCAUAAUUCUCUCUAUAUACAGACAUAAACUUAUCAACACAUAUACAUAGAAUGCAGUUUAUACUCUUGCUUAUAGUCACCUGCAUUGUAUUGAGUUUCCUGCCAAUCAGCUCUGGCAGAGCUUUGCCUGCUGCAGAUUCCCCUUCUGAACUGAACACCACGCAGUUGAAAACCUUCUCCAUAUCGCAUAAAGCGAGACGCGAGGAUGAUAGCAGAAAUUAUAUAGAAAUGCCCAUGGAAUUUGAUACGCUGCAUAUGCCUUGCGAUAUGGAUUCAUUAAAGUUGGAAGUGCUUAUGCCGUAUAUGCCCAAUCAUUGUAUCUGGCUGUAUAAUCAGCGCUACCAGGAUGAGAAUUUCUAUCGCUACUUUAAGCUUGCUCAACUCGAAUCCUUCUUCUUUGGGCAAUACUUUGAGCGAUACAGACGCUUCGAGGUGGAUCAACAUAUCUUCUAGAAUAAGAAUAUAUAUUUUUAUUGACUUGCAAUUGAUGCUUAAACCAAGCGCUGCCAAGAUGAGAAUUUAUAUCACUACUUUAGGCUUGCUCAACUCGAAUCCUUUUUCUUUAGUCAAUAUUUUUGGGCGAUACAGACGAUUCGAGAUGGAACAAUAUAUCUUUUAGUAUAGCAUUUGAUUAAGCAUAUAUAUUUUUAUUGACUUGCAUAUUUAAUCGCUAAGCAAU